AUGUCAGAUAAUAAAGUAUACCCAUUACCCUUCCUUUGCCAAUUUCUGGCAGGUGCAGGUGCCGGCAUGUCAGAAACAUUAGUAAUGUAUCCUCUUGAUGUAGUAAAAACUAGGUUUCAAUUACAAGAAACUAGGAUACUUUCUUUAGGAAAAAAUAUCGAAAAAAUCACUAUGAUGACCUGCUUAUCGAAAAUAAUACGGAACGAGAGCAUUAAACACCUUUAUAAAGGCAUGAGCUCUCCUAUAUUAAUGGAAGUACCAAAACGUGCUGUGAAAUUUUCAUGUAAUGAUUUAUUCCAAAAUAUAUUAAUGAAAAAAAGUCAAACAAGCAAAGCUAAUGGUAUAAUUACUUUACUAUCUGGUACUUUAGCAGGGUUAUUUGAAUCUUUUAUUGUUGUCCCGUUUGAGCUAGUAAAAAUUAGAUUACAAGAUGCAAACUCGAAUUAUAGAUCCCCAAGCCAUUGUUUAAGAAAAACGAUUGAAAAUGAAGGUAUUACUUCAUUGUACAAGGGGCUAGAAGCUACUGUUUGGAGAAAUUCAAUUUGGAAUGCAAGCUAUUUUGGAUUGAUUUACCAAGUAAAGAAACUGAUGCCAACACAAUCAACUAAUGAUAAAAGUGUAGGACGUAAUUUCAUUGCGGGUACUAUUGCUGGCUGUAUGAGCUGUUUUUUUAGUGUUCCUUUUGAUGUUAUAAAGACAAAAAUUCAAGUUUCGAAGGUAAGUGGUUGUGUCCACAAUUCAAAUUGGGCUUUGCUAUCAGUUUUCUUAAUGUAUAAAAAGUAUGGUCUUAGAAGCAUUUAUAGAGGAAUUAUACCUAUUAUUUGUAGAUAUGGACCUGGAGGUGGACCACUAUUAGUAUCGUUUAAUGGGUUUAGCGAGUUGUUUAAGAAAAUACACCAACGUUUGAGUAACUAA